AUGCUGCCCUCCCUAUACAGCCAAAUAUUUUCGACGUACGACAAAACCGUCGGUAUGGGUUAUCGUAUCGACCUUGUUUUCAACAUGAUUCGUGUUGGAUUGUUUUUCCUUGACCACACGCUCAUCAACCAAAAUAUCACAAAAGCCAAGGAGCUAAUGGAACAGGGUGGUGACUGGGAACGUAAAAAUCGACUGCGCUCCUAUGAAGCUCUGUAUAAGAUGUCUGUACGAGACUUCGCUGGUGCUGCCACACUUUAUCUCGAAGCGGUACCCACCUUCGGUUCAUACGAGUUGAUGACUUAUGAAAACCUUGUAUUCUACACAGUUGUUACUUCCCUAUUUGGUCAGCUACGAUUUUUUCUUACUCGUUUAUACAGCUUAUCUUUUUGCGCCGUUCAGCUCUUGACCGUCCGGAUCUUCGCACCAAGGUCAUCAAAUGUAACGAGAUCCAAGAACAGGUGGUUAUUGCACUCUUAAAG